AUGAGCUAUAUCCCGCACUGUUAUGUGGCGAAGGAUUCCCAUACAUUACAAAAAGAUGCUGUCGUCCAGCACAUCGGCAAAGCCCAUAACCUGAAAGGUCAACUGCCUGAAGGGAGCAUGGAAUCUUUGGCAACAACCAUUCGUUUCGUCACGCUGAUCUGCCGAAUACUAUCGGGUGAACUCCAACAAGCCGCCCUGUAUAGGCUUCUGCGAUAUCUCUGUGUGCCUUUUGUUGUACUGCAGGAAACACGCAUGAGAGAUCAGCCUGUCAUCGACAUCGAAAAUUAUACCAUAUACUGCGGUGAUGGUGAUGAGAACAAAGUAGGUGGUCGCGCGAUAGCUGUGAGGAACGAUUACAAGAACCUGGUGGAGGAAUUUGGAUAA